AUGUCGCUUUCUGGACAAGUUGGUCUCGUUACAGGCGGAGGGACAGGGAUAGGAUUUACCAUUGCUAAAGCCUUUGCUGCCAAUGGCGCGAAAGUAUAUAUUACUGGCAGAAGACUAGAAGUGCUGGAGAGAGCAGCCGCGUCUGUAACUGGCGUCUCAGGAUCCAUUGUCCCUCUUCAGAUGGAUGUGACAGAUGAAGAAAGCACCUUGGCUGGUGCUAAGCAUAUCGACGGAAUCGACGGAAAGCUUGAUAUUGUCGUCAACAACGCAGGAUUUGCCAGAUCUCUUCGUGACCCAGACUUUGCUGCAAAGAAGCUCGCAGCAGCGGAUCCACUUGAACCCGAGACAGUACAGAAUUGGAUUGAUAUCUUCGCGAUAAACACCAUCGCCCCGUUCUUUGUUGUCCGUGCCUUCCAAUCCCUCCUCAUCAAAGGAGCGCAUUCCCGACCUCAAGGCACGUCAAGCGUCAUCAACAUCAGCAGCGGAUUAGCAAAAAUGAACCUUUCGCCGACCAUUCUAUCCCUCGCAUACAGCUCGACGAAAGUCGCCUUGGAAAAGCUCUCCCUUGUUUUGGGAACGAGCUUUGCCGAGAGGAAUAUCCCGAUUCGG